UGGACCACUUGGGGCAAUGAAAAACUGAACAUCGUGAGGAGUCUGACAUAAAUAAGCGAAGAUAGACUACAAUACAAUCAGAGAGCGAAUACCAAAAAUCAACUUAUCGGUUUCGUCUGUGUAAGCACAAGAGAACGCGUUUAACGGCUUCUCAACAACGAAGGCUGCAUUAGCUUCAUAAUUAACGGUGACGGUCUUCAUGGAGUUCGCAAGCGAGACGGUGGCAGACCUGAGCCACUUCCGUUUCUAUAACGAAUCCUUGUUCCAGAACAACUUCAGCGGGCCAUACAACGACACCGACACCUACCUUCCAACCGGCAUUAAGAUGACCAUAGUGGUGGUUUACAUGAUCGUCUGCGUGGUGGGGCUCGUGGGCAACUGUCUGGUCAUGUACGUCAUCAUCAGGUACACCAAGAUGAAGACAGCUACUAACAUCUACAUCUUUAACCUGGCCCUGGCUGACUCCCUGGUGCUGGUCACUCUGCCCUUCCAGGGGACUGACGUCUUCCUGGGCUUCUGGCCCUUUGGGAAUGCCCUGUGCAAGACGGUGAUCUCCAUCGACUACUACAACAUGUUUACCAGUACCUUCACCCUAACAGUGAUGAGUAUAGACCGCUAUGUGGCUGUCUGCCACCCCGUCAAAGCCCUGGAUAUGAGGACCCCACACAAGGCAAAGGUGGUCAACAUAUGUGUGUGGGUGUUGGCCUCUGCAUUCGGUGUUCCUGCCAUGGUGUUGGGGAACGUGGAGGUGGAGGUGGAGCAGAACAGUGUGGAGUGCAUUGUGGUCCACCCAGAACCCCGUAGCUACUGGGAUCCCGUCUUCGGCACCUGCGUCUUUGUCUUCUCCUUCCUCAUCCCCGUGGCGAUCAUCAGCGUGUGCUACAGCCUGAUGGUCAAGCGGCUCCGCAGCGUGCGCAUCCUCUCUGGCUCCAAGGAGAAAGACCGCAACCUGCGGCGCAUCACGCGCAUGGUCCUGGUGGUGGUGGCAGCCUUCGUGGUGUGCUGGACUCCCAUCCAGAUCAUGGCCCUGGCCCAGUCCUUGGGCUUCAACCUGGGCAGCCUGCUCACCGUGGCCCUGAUGCACUUCUGCAUCGCUUUAGGUUACGUCAACAGUAGCCUCAACCCUGUCCUUUAUGCCUUCCUGGAUGAGAACUUCAAGAGGUGUUUCCGGGAGUUUUGCCACCCGUCCCCGUUCCGUCUGGACGGCCAGCCGAGUCGCAUGCGGAGUAUCGCGCGUGAUGUGGCGGCCUAUAACUGCAAGGCAGGGGACGGCAACACAAAUCCUGCAUGACUAGGCGUGGAGCUGCCCCUGGUGGGACGCGAGCCCCAACCCAACCCAGGGACAGGCAACUCCAACACAGAGCUGACUCAGAUCACUACCCUCUAGCAGAACCGAUGCCCCUUUCGCCUGGCUGCAGAGCUGGGGCAGGGG